UAUUAUUGAGUAACAGGGUAGCCAACAUAUGAAAUUUUUGAAGCGGUUACAGAAUUCCUAAACCAAUCCGUUAAAGAUCUGCGAUGUAUUAAUACGUUGUAUAUCCCUUCGAAAGAACGGUUUCUGUUCUAUAAAGAUAAAACCGUGGAGGGUGUUAGAAAAAUUUGUAUUUUGUCAUCCUUGUCAUCGGAGCACCGGGAGGACUGUCAAACACUACUUGAAAUAAAUUGCUGUCGUUAAGGGAUAAAUUAAUAGAUCAACAUGGGAGACGGGAAGAAGGAUGAGCGGCAACCGUUGUUAAAAAAUGAAAAUGCCAAUUAUAAUUCACACAGCAGCGAUGACGCGCUGUCAAUUGUCAGUACAAUACCUCAAAUAGGCCCUGAUGAACUACCACCUCUGUAUGAAGCAGUCGAACAUAGUACUAUGCCUAUGGUUACUUGCAGAGUUUGUCAGGGUAUGAUAGAUAUAUAUGGUAAAAGAGAUCAACAUGUUGUCAAAUGUCCUCAGUGCAAUGAAGCUACACCAAUACGAAAUGCACCACCAGGAAAGAAAUAUGUCCGUUGCCCGUGCAAUUGUUUAUUAAUAUGUAAGAGUUCUUCACAACGUAUUGCUUGUCCAAGGCCAAACUGUAAACGUAUUAUUAAUCUUGCUCCAAGUCCAAUUACACCACCUGUUUUGACUAUGCCUGGUAUGUGUAGGGUAGGCUGUGCUCAUUGUCAUGAUACAUUUUUGUUUAACACUUUGAAUAAUGCAUUGGCACGAUGUCCACAUUGUCGAAAAAUAUCUUCUGUUGGUCCAGACUUUGCUAGAGGUCGAGGUAUUGUAUUCAUCAUUCUUGGAAUAAUAGCCUUAAUAAUUGCAAUAGGUGUGACUGUUGGAACACACACACAUGCGAAAACUAGUGGUGGACUGUAUGUAGCUUAUGUUGGUGCAUUUCUCCUGGCACUUUUGUGCUUAGGACGCAGCAUUUAUUAUUGUACAAUGAAAAUUAGUUUGUUAGAAGGUCCCAUGUAG